AUGUACGAAGAUGUAUUUUUACGUAACUUUAGGGAAGUCGGUAGCAAAGGUACGAAUCGGCUUAGUGCUCCCAGGACUCUUGCCCACAUAGUCACACUAACCGCCCAAACGUUUGCCUCCACCUCCAUUCCCUAUGCCGCCGCCCUGUGCGCCCCUCCCUCACUCCUCGACCCACGUAGUCUCUCCCGGGCGUUUCAGGCUUCAGUCGGACGCCAUCGGUCGUAUAUCGCAGUCUUGUUUCCUUUCGAGCAACAAGUACGAUACUAUCGACUGGUAGGCAGCCUCAGCAACCUGGCUGCGCCUACGCGCACCCGCUCUGAGCAGUUCCAAAGUGAUAAUUUGGAUAUUGACCACAGCAGAGAGAAGGCGCCACGUGUGGGCCUGUGUACAACCGGGGGCGGGCGCUUUGCGCCGCCCCACCACGAUAUACUUUAUACCCGCCAGAUGGUUUAUUGACAUUCGGAAAGAGUAAGCAUGAUGUAGCGGCG